AUGGCCAACUCAAAACCUGGCCGUUUGCCUGCGGAUGUCCGGCCGUUUCAUUACAACCUCACGCUAGAGCCAGACCUGGAAAGGUUCAACUUCCGUGGGGGUGUGGAAAUCGGGAUUCAUGUGCUUAAAAUCACAAACUCGGUCACUCUUCACGCUGGCAACUUGGUGAUCCACAAUGCGCGUAUCUCCGGCUUUGAGAUUCCUGAGAAGAAUCUUAUUAGGGGAAAAGGUAAAGACACCUUAACCCUUCAGUUACAAAAUUCUCUACGAGCCGGUGAGACUGUUAUGCUUUCGUUCAGUUUCGCCGGAGUUCUCAACACCGAUAUGGCCGGAUUCUAUCGAUCAGUUUUCAAGGAUAAAGAUGGCCAGGCGCACCACCUAGCCGUCACCCAAAUGGAGCCCACUGACGCACGGCAUGUGUUUCCCUGCUUCGACGAGCCAGCACUCAAAGCAACUUUUGCAAUCACUUUGAUUACCGCGAGUCAUUUGCAAUUCAAGCAGGGAAAAAAGGAAACUGCCUUCAACACUACGCCCCCUAUGUCAACUUAUGUCGUUGCGGUCGUGGUCGGUGAGCUAGUCGUCCUUCAGACAGACAUCUAUCGCGUCCCUAUUCGUCUUUUUGCUGCUGCAGGUACUGAAAUCGACCGACUGGGGAAGUUUUCGCUGGAGCUGACGGCGCGAACGCUCGCUUUCUACGAUGAGCAUUUUGGCACCCCUUUCCCGUUGCCCAAAAUGGACAUUGUCGCAGUGCCGGACUUUAUCGGCGCAAUGGAAAACUGGGGUCUGGUUUUCUACCGUGAGCGAGACCUCCUGUUCGAGAUUUCCGAAACCUCAGUGUCAACACUACAACGCAACGUCAAGCUCGUGCAGCAUGAACUGGCACACCAGUGGUUCGGAAAUUUGGUCACUAUGGAGUUUUGGAAUGACCUCUGGCUCAAUGAGGGGUUCGCAACUUGGAUGGCCUGGUUUGCUUGCGAUGCUUUUUAUCCAGAAUGGGGCAUCUGGCAGAUAUAUACCGCGGAAAGCCUGCAGCACGGGCUGCAGCUAGACGGGAUGCGUAGUUCACAUCCCAUUCAAGUUCCUAUCCACGGGGACGAUGAAAUCGGACAGAUAUUUGACGACAUUUCCUAUUCUAAAGGAGCCUGCGUGCUUCAAAUGAUCGCGGGAGCUCUAGGUCAGGAUGUCUUUCUGCAAGGAGUAAGAGCAUACAUCCGCAAGUACAAAUAUGAGAAUGCAAAAACCGACGACCUUUGGUCAGCGCUAACGGAGACGAGUGGACAAGAUGUUGGUCGAUUGAUGCACACCUGGACAAAAGAGGUGGGAUUUCCCUUGCUUCUUGUCACCGAAGACGCAAUAAACAACACAAUUCAUAUCCGACAAACCCGCUUCAUGAUGACAGCAGAUCUUCUACCCAGUGAAGAUGAGUCUAUAUAUUCUCUUUCUUUAGGCCUACGAUCCGCAGCUGGAGUUAACAUGGAUGCCAUGCUUACGACCCGGGAAGGUACAUUUACCUUAGCGAGCUUGGAUUUCUUCAAGAUCAAUGCAAACCACACCGGCUUCUAUCGCACAGCGUAUUCACCCGAGAGGCUGAAAAAGCUGGGCGAAGCUGCCGUUCAAGGCUUUUUGACUGUUGAAGAUCGCGUGGGUCUCGUUGCGGACGCUGCUGCUUUGACGGCUACAGGCAGGUUGGCGCUCAUUGGGGAUAAAGAGGCUCAAAAAGCGGCAUUUGAGAUGUUUGCGCAGUUUCGCGCCGGUGACAGAUCUGCAAUCCAUCCCGACUUGCGCGCGGCGGUCUUUGGCUCUGUUCUGAAAUUUGGCUCCACGGAGGAGUAUAAUGCUGUGCUAGACAUAUAUCGCACCACGGAGGACAGCAAUGAACGCAUCACAGCGCUUGCAGCUCUGGGUCACGCGCGUAGUCCAGCGCUCGUCCAACGCACGACAGCAAUGUUGCUGGGCGAUCAGGUGCGCCUGCAGGACAUUCAAGCUCCGAUGACCAAUUUGGGAACGCAUCCAAACGGGAUUGCAGCACUAUGGCAUUGGAUCACUGAAAACUGGUCCAUUAUUAAGAGGCGGCUGUCUUCAGGCCUUCUGAUCCUCUCUACGGUCAUUUCCUUGUGUACGAAGGGUCUCACAACAGAAGAACAGCGGCGGAAUGUUGAGGAGUUUUUCGAAAAGAGCAAGACGAAAGGAUUUAACAAUGCUUUGAGGAACAGUCUUGAUGAGAUCCAAAUCAAGAUACGCUGGAUAGAGAGGGACGCAGAAGAUGUACAGAAAUGGCUCGACAAUUAUUUGGAGACGCAUGGCUCUUAG